GCUAUUCGAUACUUCUAUCCAACAUCCAACCAAAAUCUAAUCUAUCAAAAUGGCGAAUCGUACGGUAAAAGAUGCGAAGUCAGUACGCGGUACUAAUCCUCAAUAUUUGAUAGAAAAAAUUAUUAGAUCGAGAAUUUAUGAUAGUAAAUACUGGAAAGAAGAAUGUUUUGCUUUAUCAGCCGAACUUGUUGUGGACAAAGCUAUGGAGCUACGGUUUAUUGGAGGAGUCUUUGGUGGCAACAUCAAACCUACUCCGUUCUUAUGCCUAACUUUGAAAAUGCUACAGAUUCAACCAGAAAAGGAUAUUAUCGUUGAAUUCUUGAAAAACGAAGACUUCAAAUAUGUACGUGCACUCGGAGCUUUUUAUAUGAGGUUAGUAGGAACUUCUAUUGACUGUUAUAAAUAUUUGGAACCCCUGUAUAACGACAGCAGGAAGUUGAGGCGUCAGAAUAGGCAAGGACAGUUUGAGUUGGUACACAUGGAUGAAUUUAUUGACGAGUUGUUAACACAAGAAAGAGUCUGUGACGUAAUUUUGCCUAGAAUUCAAAAGCGACAUGUCCUUGAAGAAAACAAUGAGAUUGAAACAAAAGUGUCUGCCCUUGAUGAUGAUUUAGAAGAUGGCAUGGAAACAUCUGGAGAUGAAGAAGAGGAGGAGCCAGAACCCGUACCUGAUAAGUAUGCCCUUACUCCUGCAGACACUCAUAGGUCUAAGAAGAGAGAGGAGAAAAGAUCGCCAGUAAGACGCGGGAGAUCAGCAGACAGAGAAAAUGCUAAAGAACGUGACAGGAGGCACAGAGAAAAAGACAGAGAUCGUGACCGUGACAGGGGUAAACCUGAAAAGGAGAGACAUAGGGAUCGUGAAAGGAGUCGUAGCAGAGAAAAAGAUAGACGUCAUCGGUCAAAGACUCCUGUCAGGUCAAGCCAUAGGGACAAGGAAAGAGAUAGGGAAAGAGAGCGUGACAAAAAGUCAAGAAGAGAGAGAGAAGAGAGGGUAUACGAUCGAGAUCCAGAGAGAAACUUUGACAGAGAUUACGAAAGAGGUUAUGAUAGAGAUCAUGAUAGAGGACAUGAAAGAGAUCAUGAUCGAGGCCAUGAAAGAGAAUAUGAUAGAGGCUAUGAUCGGGAAUAUGAACGUGAUUCAAAGCGCAAAGAGAGGGACCGUGACCGAGACAGGCUUAGAUAUUAAAGUUUUUCAUUUUGUGUGUGUACAUAGUUUGAUGUGGAUUCUUUUAUAAAUGUCAUUAAACCGCAAGUAAAUUUAG